AUAACUUGGUAUAGGGAACAUCCGGGCGGGAUUUUAACUAGGUUUUCAAUUGAGGCAGUCAGACUUGAACUCCAACACGUGUUACGUGAAGCCGUACUCUUCAGUAUCUUCUCUUCAGUGCACGCUGCAGCAGGGUUGGCCGCCGAGGGGAGGAGCAGCCAAUCUAGGCAAAUUGAAUUGAUUAGUUAAUUCUGUCUCUGUUCAGUAACGAAUGAGGAUCCUCCGUCUGUCUCUUGUCUGUUAGCAGAGUUUCGGUGCUUUUCUUUCUACGUCUCCUUCUCUAUCAGUUGCCGCCGUCCUGUCACUUUUAGGAAAUUGUACUGUGGACUGAAGUAACUGAAGAAUAUGGCUACUGACGAGGCAAAAAAAUCCAAUACAAAUGUAAAGAGUGGGGGGAAAAAGAAGGAGGUUAAAAAAGAGACAGGUCUUGGUCUCUCUAAUAAGAAGGAUGACAAUUUUGGGGAAUGGUACUAUGAGGUGGUUGUUAAUGGUGAAAUGAUUGAAUACUAUGAUAUUUCUGGUUGUUACAUUCUAAGGCCAUGGGCUAUUUCAAUUUGGGAAACCAUGCAAACCUUCUUUGAUGCAGAAAUAAAGAAGAUGAAAAUCAAGAAUUGCUAUUUCCCUCUUUUUGUAUCUCCUGGUGUUCUGCAACGGGAAAAGGAUCACAUAGAAGGUUUUGCUCCAGAGGUUGCAUGGGUUACAAAGUCUGGAAGUACUGACCUAGAUGUCCAUAUAGCAAUCCGUCCCACAAGUGAGACUGUAAUGUAUCCCUAUUAUUCCAAGUGGAUAAGGGGACACCGUGAUUUGCCUUUGAAGCUUAAUCAAUGGUGCAAUGUUGUUCGGUGGGAGUUCAGUCAUCCUACUCCAUUCAUAAGGAGCCGUGAAUUUCUUUGGCAAGAAGGGCAUACAGCCUUUGCGACCAAGGUUGAGGCUGAUGAAGAGGUUCUUGAGAUUUUGGAACUCUAUAGAAGGAUAUAUGAAGAGUAUCUGGAAAUUCCUGUUAUAAAGGGGAAAAAGAGUGAGCUAGAGAAGUUUGCUGGUGGUCUUUACACGACAAGUGUUGAGGCAUUUAUUCCAAACACUGGCCGUGGUAUCCAAGGUGCUACGUCACAUUGUUUGGGUCAAAAUUUUGCAAAAAUGUUUGAAAUAAACUUUGAAAAUGAGAAGGGAGAAAAGCAAAUGGUCUGGCAGAACUCCUGGGCAUAUAGUACAAGAACGAUUGGGGUCUUGGUGAUGGUUCAUGGUGAUGACAACGGAUUGGUUCUGCCACCUAAAGUUGCAUCUGUACAAGUUGUUGUGAUUCCUGUGCCAUACAAAGAUGCUGAUACACAAGCCAUCUUUGAUGCCUGCUCUGAAACUGUGAAUACAUUGAGCAAAGCUGGCUUUCGUGUUGAGGCAGAUUUUAGAGAUAAUUACUCACCUGGUUGGAAGUACUCACAUUGGGAAAUGAAAGGUGUCCCACUGAGAAUUGAAAUUGGACCAAAAGACUUGGUUAAUAGUCAGGUACGCAUUGUUCGCCGUGACAAUUCAGCAAAAACAGAUAUUCCAAUGGCCAAAUUGACUGAGAAAGUGAAAGAGAUGCUGGAUGAUGUUCAACAAAGCCUGUUUGAUGCAGCAAAGCAAAAACGAGAUGCUUGCAUUAAGGUUGUAAAAACAUGGGAUGAAUUCAUGGAAGCACUCAACCAAAAGAAAAUGAUUUUAGCACCUUGGUGUGAUGAGGAGGAAGUUGAAAAAGAUGUGAAGGCACGGACAAAAGGUGAGAUGGGGGCAGCUAAGACCCUUUGUUCCCCAUUUGAUCAGCCAGAACUCCCCGAAGGGACCCUUUGCUUUGCCUCCGGAAAGCCUGCAAAGAAGUGGACUUACUGGGGCAGGAGUUAUUGAAUACGGGAUCAUAUUUUCUCCGCUUAAUUGUUUGGAGCAGGAUCGAUCUCUUUUGCAGCUAUCAUGUUUUCCCAGUUUUGCGGAUAUCAUCGCUGUGACCAAUUUGUAUAUUUGAUUUUGUUUUAGACCUAAUUUUUAUAGUGAUGAAAAGACGAAUAUUAACACAAUUUUUAUCUUGUCAAAGGGUAAUGGAAUAUUCUGUUUUUCCAUUAAAUCAAGAUUGAUGCUUGGAAAGAGUAUGUCUCCCUUGAUUUCGGAGGCAGAGAUGUAUCUGGGUGAGUCAUUUAAAGACUUAAAGAACUCAAAAUCUUAGAAUA